UCUCAAAGACUCCGGACAGACAAUGAACUCCACCUUCGCUUUGGUUUUCGUAGGCGUCAUUGCGGCCGCUGUGUACGGCGAGGUUUGCAUGGUCAAGGAUGAGUGUAAGGACACUACGUGUGUAAGCGGUAUGGUCGAAUGUGUCGAGAUCUCUGGAAACCACUUGUGCACGUGCGUUCAGCAGGAUAUGCACAACGUUGCAUGUAGUACCAGGACUGACUGCCAGAUGGAUUCGGUGCAGAUGAACUGUGACAACACUAUGAGACAUUGUGUGGACGAGACCUGCCGCUGUGAGGGCAAGGGACACAACCAUGGACUGUUCACUCACCCUCCACACCCAGACCAUCCUUCCCACCCUCCUCAUGGUGGAGGACAUCAAUAGAGAGCAGUACUCACCUGAUGAUACAGCGCCUUCUUUAUCCACCAACCCUGCUCGAAUCUGAGCCUACGAAAUGGAAAGUAUAGAAAUCAUAUAAUAGUCAGUGUAUUAUAACAGUGCCAUAAUGAAAUAAAAUAAAUUAA